CUCUCUCACUCUCACACACACACACACACAGACAAAGCAGUGCAGGCUAUGGUGGCAGUGGACCAGUGGACCAGUGGACCAGUGAACAGUGAGCUCAUCUCUCAGUGAACAUGUCCGUGAACGAGGUUUACGUGUUCAGACCCUUCAAACUGAUCGCGCUGCUCUGCGUGUUUCUGGCUCUGUGUCUGGACGUGGUGGCUCUGCUGAGCCCAGCGUGGGUCACUGCGGAGCAUUUCUCCCUCUCUCUGUGGGAGUCGUGCUCGCAGUCCGCGGCGCGGGGACCGACAGAGGAGGCUCCGUGGAACUGCUUCUCCACCCUCACCUCUGACUGGCAGAUUGCCACCCUGGUGCUCCUGGUGGCCGGCGCUGUGGCAACUCUGGUGGCCUUUUUGGUGGCCCUCAUCUCCCUCUGCCGAGGAACACAAAGACAGCACUACCGCACCGUGGCCGUGUUCCUCUUCACUGCAGUGGUUCUGCAGGCCUGCGCUCUCGUCCUCUACCCGAUCAAGUUCAUCGACGGGACGGUGCUUCAGACGUAUCACGAGUUCAACUGGGGCUACGGGCUCGGCUGGGGCGCCACCAUCUUCAUGCUGGGCGGAGGGAUCCUCUUCUGCCUACGGACGGACAUAUACGAGGAUGCUAUGUACUGAGUCCUUCGUCGACCUUCUCCCCUUCACUCGUGGGAAUACACACACACACACACACACACACACACACAAACACACGGGAUGUGUGCUACUUUCCUCCACGUGGCCAGCGCUUGUGUGAGGACAGACCCUGUUCCUCUCGUUCUCUUGCCGUCUUGCUCUCUGUUAUUUUUAGACCGGGUUCUGAAGGCCUGAUUUAGGCCGGGGCCAUUUGAAUAGUACCUUCACCCUCUCUUUCCACGUAUGUGUGUUCAGUGAAGUGGCUCCUUCAGCCCUGCCAUUUUCAACAGUGCGGUGCUAAAGCACAGAGAGCUUUCUGGACAGAUGCUGGACGUUUCCACCGUAUGUUUGCAUGGAUCUCUCUAUUGUCAGAGAUGUGAUUGUGCAGUGGCUGGGCAUUUAAAGGGACUGACAUAUCUCUACAUUUCUUUUCUUUUUUUUAUUCUUUUGGAUGCAUUUGUAAAGGGCACACUUGUUGUUCAUGUAUUUAUGGCAUUUAUUCCUACUUAAUGAAUAUAGAAACACCCUGAAUUUGUCUCUCCAUGUGUUCUAGCUCAAACAUAUCCAGUAAAACUAAACGGUAUAAGAAGUUUAAAAUAGUCAGCUUUGAUAUUUACUGGAGCAAGCAAGUGUUUGUAGUUUGCUUGAAAAAUGGCAAUGUGAAUGUGUACAAAGUGUCUCUACAUGAAGGAGAAUCCAGACUAAACAGCUGUAGUUUAUUUUGAGAGUUAAGGAGUGUAAAUUAUUUUUAGAAUAAAGUUGUUCUAACGGCUAUAAAAAAUAAUAAAUAACCCAGGGCAAGUAUUCUUCCGUGCUUUGGUUUUAAGAUAAUUAGCCACAUUAAAACAUAUAUAUAUAUAUAUAUAUAUAUGUAUAUUGCCAAUCACAAAGCACAUUUUGCAGUUUUACAACUGAGUCAGAGUUGAUGUAUCCAUGUCAUUAUAUUGAGACAUUUUUACUGCAGUGUCAUGCUGUGUGGGAUGAAUGUGCUCGAAGGCUUUAUUUAAACUUUACAGCAGUGCACUAAAAUAUCACAGUCAUUAUUAAUUGUGAUACAGAAAAAGUAUGAAACCCACUUUUAACUUGCAGAUCACUAGGAUGGCUUAAAGCUGUUUGUUUAUACACUUUUCCUCUCUGCGUUUGUAAAUGGCAAGUUUAAAAAUAAAUCCAUUUUAUUUCCCUGGA